AUGGGAUCCGUCGUCAGGGUCGACGAAUCAUCAUCGAUCGAAUCCCGAAGUGCGCCGUUACUCGACCACAACCGAUCGCCGCUGAAAACUCCAGCGCAAAAAGCCGUUCGGAAGGCUUUCAAAGGAACAGCCCACCUCUCGAACCUUCUCCCGACGGGCUCUGUCCUAACUUUCCAGAUACUCUCGCCGGUCGUCACCCAGAACGGCGAAUGCAGAUCCUUCCUCCGGCAAAUCCUGGCCGUCGGAUUCCUCGCCUUCUGCGGGAUUUCGUGCUUUCUUCUCUGCUUCACCGAUAGCUUCCGGGACGAGAGGGGCAAGGUGAGGUACGGCGUGGCCACCUUCCGGGGGCUCAAGGUCAUCGACGGCUCCCCCUGCGCACUUUCGCCGGAGGAAAAGUCGAAAUUCCGGGUGAGGUUCGUGGACUUCAUCCAUGCAGGAAUGUCGAUUAUGGUGUUUGCGGCGGUGGCGGUGUUGGACAAGAAUGUGAGGAGGUGUUUGUGGUCGUCGGCGUCGGAGGAGGCGAGGGUGGUGCUGGCGGCGCUGCCGGUGGUGGUUGGGGCGAUGUGCAGUGUGAUGUUUGUUUUGCUCCCGAGCAGACGGCACGGAAUUGGCUUUCCACUCUCACGCCAUUGAUCUUUUUUCCAACCUCCCUCAAUAAAUUUGAUAUAUAUAUAUAUAUAUAUAUAUAUAUAUGGAAUAGAAUAUUUGUAGUGUGUCCACCCAAAAAAGACAUAUAUGUAUAUAUAUAAUUUUUUGUUAAAAGUA